AGAGCCAUUCAUUAGUAUUGUGAACAACGAGAGUAUAUAUAAUUAGAAUCUAUAUAUAAUGGAGAUAAAGCAAGCAAGCAAGUCACUGAAGCAGAUGCUUAAGAGAUGUUCAAGCUUGGGAAAGAAAAGCAACGAACACGUCCCCAAGAAGGGCCAUUUUGCUGUCUACGUAGGCCACUCGAGAGACCGCCACGUCAUCCCCAUCACAUUCCUCAAUCACCCAACCUUCAAGAUGAUGCUGCAAAAAGCAGAGGAAGAGUUCGGGUUUAGGCAAGAGAGAGGCCUCACCAUUCCUUGUGACCAAAACAUCUUUCUCUCUCUCUUAGGCUCCAUCACAUCUUACCAUAGCUAGCUACGUCGUAGUUAUAAUUCCGUAGUCUUCCUCACUUGAUGAGAAGAACCUAUAUGUACAACCUUUUCUUUUUAAUCUCUAUAUACAUUAUACACUCACCAA